UAUGGAGUUGUGAAAAUGGUUCUGAUGACAAAGUUGAGUUUGCCAACAACAUCCCUUCACCACUUCAAUUCGAGAGAUUCCGAACACAACGGCGGCGUCACCACUAUCAGCCACCAUCAAACCACCGCGACCUGAAACUCGUUUCACAGAAAUACAGUAAAUUUUUGGGCAUUCGCCACUUCAGACUUGAGCCAUCUCCAUCAUACGUUAGGGUUUGCAGAUUCUCCAUCGUGGAGCUUGCUUCAGGUGAUAAUUUGCAACUCUUGCUUUGUCCACGCAAUGAUUAAGCCUUGUUCUUAUAGAAAAAGUAUAUUAUCCAAAUGGGGGUUGUUUACGAAAAUGCACAGCACAAGUGAGGCGAUUCUGGACAUUGGAGAAGCGAGCGAGAAAGUGAGCAAGGUUAUGAUGACGUGUCCCACACUGGCACUUGACACUGCUCUUAAUCAAACUGGAGUUAGAGUUUCCCCUGAUUUAGUUGAAAAUGUUCUCAAACGAUUUGAGAAUGCGGGCAUGUCAGCAUUUCGGUUCUUUGAGUGGGCAGAGAAGCAGAGAGGGUACUCACACAGCGUAAGGGCAUAUCACUUGAUGAUUGAAUCUUUGGCUAGGAUCAGACAGUACCAGAUUGUGUGGGACCUUGUUAAUGCAAUGAGGAAAAAGGGCAUGCUAAAUGUGGAGACUUUUUGCAUCAUGAUGAGAAAGUAUGCUAGAGCUAACAAGGUCGACGAGGCUGUUUACACCUUUAAUGUUAUGGAUAAGUUCGAUGUGGUUCCAAAUCUUGCUGCAUUUAAUGGUUUGUUAAGUGCUUUGUGCAAGUCCAACAAUGUGAGGAAGGCUCAGGAGAUUUUUGAUGCUAUGAAGGGUCGAUUCGAGCCAGACGCGAAAACUUAUAGCAUUUUGCUGGCGGGGUGGGGAAAAGCUCCUAAUCUUCCCCGGGCAAGGGAGGUUUUUGGAGAAAUGGUUCGUGCUGGGUGUGAUCCUGACGUUGUUACUUAUGGUAUAAUGGUUGAUGUUCUUUGCAAAGCAGGGAGGGUUGAUGAAGCUGUUGAGGUUGUGAAGGAAAUGGAUGAGAGCAAUUGCAGGCCUACAUCUUUCAUUUAUAGUGUCCUUGUUCAUACUUAUGGAGUGGAGCACCGAAUUGAAGAUGCUAUUGAUACAUUCCUGGAGAUGGAGAGGAAGGGAAUCAAGGCUGAUGUUGCGGUUUAUAAUGCCUUGAUUGGUGCCUUUUGUAAAGUAAAUAAGUUUAAAAACGUGCACAGGGUCUUGCAGGAGAUGAAGAUCAAUGGUGUUGCUCCGAAUUCAAGGACCUGUAAUGUUAUCAUAAGCAGUAUGAUUGGUCAGGGACAGACUGACAGAGCUUUUAGAGUUUUCCGCCGGAUGAUCAAGUUAUGUGAACCAGAUGCUGACACUUACACAAUGAUGAUAAAAAUGUUUUGUGAGAAAAAUGAUCUGGAGAUGGCUCUGAGAAUAUGGAAGUUUAUGAAAUCAAAGCAAUUUGUUCCAAGCAUGCACACCUUUUCUGCCCUUGUCAAUGGGCUGUGUGAAAAAGGUGAUGCCGCAAAAGCUUGUGUUGUGCUUGAAGAGAUGAUAGAGAAGGGAAUUCGACCAUCACGUAUUACGUUUGGGAGGUUAAGACAGUUGCUUGUAAAGGAAGGGAGAGAAGAUGUGCUCAAAUUUCUUCAUGAGAAAAUGAAUCUUCUUGUCAAGGAGCCUUUAUAUGGUUGAAAAAAGUGAAUGCAGUUGGCAACUAGAAACAUAUAGCAAGCUUUGAAUACUUGAUUUUGUCGUCAAAACAGUUUUGUAUACUUGGGACCUGCAUGUAAUAUAGAAAUCAGACCGCUUAACUUAUAUGCGGAUAUUGCCAAGUCCUUCCCAAAUAUGAAAUGCAUUGAUGAUCAAACGUUGUAUACCAUGUCAUGCUGAUGAUAUCAUAAGACCAUUAUCCACUAGAUUUUCGAAUGUGACAUAAUGAUGUCGUGCAUGUUAUAGGAAAAAGUUCCUCUAAAGUUAGAUAUCUCUAAAUUAGCAUGGGUGUAUUCACCCUUUGAAUUUGAGUGAGUUAAGAUUUGAUGCGUCAUGAUUGAUGAAGUUUUAUUGGAAGUGAGCGGGUGUUAAAAAUAUUUGCUUUGGAUUUGUCUAUAGUGCAUUGGAAAAUAUCCUGAUUAUCAUUUAGUAAAGAAAAAUCUUGCGCCAGUGGCUGUUCAUGAUCUCUGACAAAUAUCAGUGAUGUAUGUCACUUACCCUGCUGGUAAAGCUCCCUUUAAAACUUACUUUUAUUGAUUGCAAACUUAGAGAUAUGCUUAUAUUUCCAGUAUGUUGUUUCUUUUGGCUCUAAAUUUUUAGCUGUUAAAAUGCCAUUUGAAGUGGGUCUGCAUUUCAUGAUGUCACUUUGUUACGAGCUUGUGUUGUAUGUAAUUUAAUAAUGUUGUACAUUAUACAAAUGUGUUCAUUUUCUGCAAAAACGGAAUCAAAUUAGGAAUUGUUAUUGGGACUAGAAAAAUAAUUAUAUUACACUUAUUUGGAUUGAUUUUAAUCCUUGGUUAAGAUAAAGGUUGUCUGGAAGAAAAAUUCAGUCACUUGGGAUUUUGGGAAAUGGCUUUGUUGUGAGAUUUGCGGAAGUUCCGGGUUAGCGUUGAAGGUAAAAGUAGGAAUCAAUUAGACCAUCGAAAAGUAGAUUGAACCAAAACGGCUUGCCUACUUUUCUCUUCUGGUGCUCUGAUUUUUCUUACUCGUUUAACUUUUACAGGAAGGGAGGGGCUCUUUUUGUUUGAUUUGCUGUAGUUAACCACUAUGCAAUGUGCCUCGGCUACUGGUUUAAAGUUGAAAUGAAGCCAAUUACAAAAAUGACAAAUGAGGAUAAUAUGGAGACAGCUAGAGAUAGUCACAUGGCAGUUGAAAUGAUGAAAAAAAGAAGAAAAAGCUCACAACCUAAAAUAACCAACGGAUGGUUAUGUGUGGUGAGGCAAAUAUCAUAAAGCUCAAGCUGGUUGGAGAGAGAAAAAGGGAGGAAAAAGUUUAGUGUUUGUUUUCUUGUAAGAAACCCAGUUCGAGGAAAUAAUACAAUUACUUCUUUUUUCCAUAUAGCUCUCUCUUACUCCUGUUUAUUGGUACAAUUGUUAUAUUGGUGCUUUCAUAGUGGAAAAUAUGCACAUGAAAGACCUUGCCUUCGAUGUGAAGCAUUUGAUGGAAAUGAUGAAAGCUUGUGAUAAAGGUUACUCGUUUCAAUACUAUAGGAUCAACAAUGGAAGAGGAUGUUGAAACGUGCUCUGUAGGUGGACUCUUGCUCUUCAAACCUAUCCUUCAAGUUUGCAAUGUUAAAUUGGAUUUUUUUUCGUUUUGAUGGAUUUGAUGUUCUCUAAUGGAUCUUUAAGGCUGAGCAAUAUUUUUAUUAUUACCAUCCACUUGAUACACAA